AUAGGAAACUGACUUUUCAAAUAAUAUUAUAGAGAUAAGAAAGAAAAAGUAAUAUUUCGGGAUUUAAAAAAAAAACAGUUCAAUUUCCUUUUUGUGGUUAUUUAAGAAUCCAUCAUUUAAUGGAAUAUCCAAAAUUCAUAAAGUUCAAUUUAGACAAACACUUUUCAAGAAGUAAACAAAGAUUUUUGUAUGCUAUUUUUUUUGACAUAAAAAACCAUCAUUUUUCGUAUACUAAUUAACCUUUUCAAACCACCAUUUUAUACAAUAGUAAAUAAAAUAACAACGGCGUUGGGACUGAAACAAUUGUCACAUACAUAUUUCAGUAAAUGCAUAGUUAGUAUUCACCACAGACAGUCAAAAUGUUAGUGACAAAUUAAGAUCAUAGGUUAAACUUUGUUAGUAGUUGAUAUGCAAUGGUGCAGUCACAAUAAAAUUUGUUUGGAACCCCCAAUUCUUUUUUUUUUUGAGAAAGGGCCUUGGAACGCCCAAAGUUUUCGGUUAAAUUUUACCGCCCUGAAUGCACAUGGUACAUAAUACAUCUAUAGUUUUGGUUAAAGGUUAAGCACUAGCUAGAUGCAUCACGAGAAAAAAUGAUAAUACUAUUAAAAUAUUGUAAAAAAUAAUAAAACUUCUGCAUGAAAAUCAGGGCAGAUCUGAGAAAAUUUAGCUACAUAACAUCACAUUUCGCAAUGGCAAGGGUCAUAUUAACGCAUAUGGCCUCCCCUGGAUAUACCCUUUUCUGCCUGUUUUUGUGUUCUUUAAUUGCAGUUUAGAAUCUUGUUAUUGUGAAGACUGAAGACUGUGAAGUGGAAAUAUGCCACACUAAUUAUUAUCAUUUAUUUAAAAUUAAAAUAAUCAACUAAAGCACUAUUAAGUUGAAGUGUUUAACUUUAAGUAAAAGAAUUGGAAUUAACUCCUGAUGGUUUUUAGAAGCAUAUCAUAAAGCACUGGUCCAAAGGAUUACAUUUUUUUGGCUUAUUUGCUUAACCAUAAAGAUGCAGUUCUUAUAAUAAUCAUACAGUUUUGGAACAUAGUUGUUGGUAAUCGAAUUUUUAUAUUUUUCUCUUAAUAAUGGAUAACUGUGAGAUUCUUGUCAGCAAUUAAAAUAAACAUUUAGCCUCAUUAUUUGUAUAGUAACUAUAUCUUAAGCUAUAGUAAAUCAAACAAAUUGCAAAAUUAUCCAUUAGGCAAUGAUUAGUAGGGAUGGGCAUUUUGGUUUAAUUAUGGAUCCAGUUCGGUUUAUUUGAGUCUAAUUUUUUUUUAACCAAAGACAAUCCAAAUUAGUUCGGUUUGGUUUAGUUUUAGUUCGGUUUGAUUUGGUUUUGUUUGUAUUUAAUUUGUUCAGUUCAAUCGAGUUGAUGUUCUAGUUUUGUUCUAGUUCAAACCUAUUAUAUUUAUAGGUAAUUUUUUGGUUUUGAUGUUAAUGUAUGAAAUUCAUAUUUAUUUAUUUUAUUUUAGUUGUGUUUCUUUUAUUCAUUUAGAAGUAAAAUAUAUAAAUAUAUUAAAAUUUUAUAUUAUUAGGAUACUCAUUUUAUCUAAUUAAAUAUACUUCAUUUUUUUCGAUUCGGUUUAAACCAAACCAAACCAAACUAUUUGAUUUAGAUAAAAUUUUGAGGCAAAUGGUUUAGAUAUAUAUUUUGGUUUGGUUUGGUUUGGAUCAGAUGAGUCAGUUUGGUUUGGUUCGAUUCAGGAAUUUGUCUAGCCCUUUCCCUACUGAUUAGUAAUCACGAUAAUGAUUUGGUUUGGGGAAAGAUUAUCUAACUAAGGCCCAAUCUAUAUAUAAUAGCAAACCUAUUUUCUGUUAUCUAUGAUGUAAUCAGUUUUUAUAGGAAAAAAAAACUUUAAAUCCAACAGUCAGAUUUGUUUCUAACUUUUCAUCUAAGGGACAAAAAAUUCCCUUGCUUUUAGUCGCUUACAUCAUCAAAAACUGUAGCACAGUAGUUACUUUUCCCAAAUGGUUUCAUUCUCAAACAAUACAACCUUUUUUUUUUGGUCAAAACAAUACAACCUUUAAAUCACACCUCUUUAAAUUACACCUCUCUGAUCAAUAUAUGUUCAAACAACACAACCCUUAAAUCACACCUCCUUAAAUUACACCUCUCUGAUCAAUAUAUAUGUAUAUAUAUGUUCCAUUUUUUACUUAUGAUGUACGGUAGUAACUCAGCAGCCAUCUCCUGUACGGGGCAUCUCAAAAGCGUCCCGAGAAGACGUUUUGUAACGGUGAGAGGACGGCAAAGAAUUUUUGGGCACGUUUCAGGAUGAGCGAAUUUACAAAUUGACACUAGAGGACCUAGAAUUUUUAUGCUUCUCUAUACCAAGCAAGCAAUAUAAUGUUAAUCAAUCGAAAAUUCGAUUGGGGAAUCUAUAUUUCAAUAUGCCGGCGAGAGAAAUGGAGAUUACAGAGUUAUGGGGACCGUUCGAACUGUUUUGAUUAGGGUCAACUGGACGGCCCCAGAGUAUAGAUUUACGUUCAUGUCCAAAACUUUAUUAGAUUUGCUCUUUACUUUUUCCUUACGUAAUUUAUCCCAAGAGUAUGUGCAAAAUAUUAAUUGUAAUUGUGAUACAGCUAAUAUAUAAUUCAUGUACGUACACAUUGAACUUGAAUUUAUAAUAUUUAAAAUUUAAAAUUUAACUUUUGAUUUUUAUAUGUAGUAUAUGUAAUCUAAUGGAUAAGAUGAUGGCAAGAGAAGGAGAUGUCUAUUGAAUAUUUACACGCUGCAUACUGAUUAGGCUUGUGACUGCAUACUGCAUAUCCAGCAUCACGCUGGGACAGUGCUGAUCAUCCUUGCUGGUGAGUUUUAACUUCUGCCCCUUUUUAUUAUCCAUCUGGUAUUCACUAUUUUUGCCACCUGACACAAGACCAUUCAAGAACAACGGUGUUCCUUUGACACGUGUUAACCAGUCAUAUGUUAUUGGCACACCCAUUUUGGAACCCUCUGGUGUUAGCCAAGAAAAAUUAAAUGAUGUGUUAUGGAAAGGUGGCUCGAGUAGAAAAACAGGAAGGAUUAAGGUUGGGCAAAAUAUCCGAACUCAAAAACCUUUCCGAACUCGAUCCAAAAAGUUGUAUCGAACCCAGACCAAAACUAUUAAAAUAUAUCCUAGCAGAUCCAAAAUUUUGAUAUCUGAAGAACUGAACCCAAACCCGACCGAAUCGAAAUAUUAGGUACCCGAAAAUAUUCAAGUCACAAUUUAUAAACUUAAAUAUAAUAAUUAUUUUUAGAUUUAAUAUCUAAAAAUACUCAACUACCUGGAAUUAAAACUAAGGUAUCCUAACAGCUCCAAAAUUUUAAUAUACGAAGAACUGAACCCGAGCCCGACUGAAUCAAAAUAUUAGGAACCCGAAAAUAUUUGAAUCACAAAAAUACUCAAAACGUCUGGAAUAUUUUAAAUACCUACUCCAAAUAUAUAAACCAAAUCAGUUUCAUGUUAAUUUUAUAUAUUUAGCAUACAUUAUUCAAGUAUAUAUGAUGUAUAUUAUUUUUAUUUUUAAUUCUAAGAUAUAUUAGGGUUUUUUAAAUUUAUUUACAUAGUUUUAAUGGAUAUUCUAACCCGAACAUAAUUCGAAAAGAUCCGAACUAAAUCCGAAUCAAAAUCUAUAAAUAUACGUAUAAGGUUUAAAUAUUGACCCAAAAAUCUGAGAACCCGAGUAGACCGGAACCGAUCUGAACGGUACCUGAAUGCCUAUCCCUUAGAACAGACAAAUAACCUUCUUCGAGACAGAGAAAUAGGUAAUAGUAUUUAUUGGGAAAUAUAUAAAUUAUUUUGAUGAAAGGUAUAAUACUACCCAUUCCUUCACAUGAUGUGUAUCCACAAAGGAAGCAAGUCGACCAAAAAGUUGUGGACGGAUCUUUGAUAAAAGCCAUUUAGGAAAUUCAAGAGUUUUAAGUCUUUGUACAAUUGUUUUGUUCUUGAUCAUUUACUAUAUACAUAAAUUUUUGGCUUAUACAUUCUAUAUUUUAUGUUUUCACAUUUGGUAUAAGCAGUUAAUUUUAUUUAAUUUGAACGUUGGAUCAAUAUUUUUCAAUAAAUAAGACUAUUGUUAUGCUGAAAACCCAGCUAGCCGUGAAGCUAUUUCCUAAAGUCUUUUGUCGUAAUGGGUUUGAUACUGAUCAGCACACACAUCAAAUUUGUCAUUUCAGGUUAAUCAGUUAAUCAUGUUAAAAUGGAAGAUAGUGAGAGACAGACCGCCAGAGAGUGAGAACUUAAUACUUCAGCGCCUGUCAUUGCGACUACGAGUCAGACAGUGAGAGAGAUUUCAAGAUUUUGACUUUAGAUUUUAGGGUUUACGUUUUAUAAUUCAUAAAUUGUAACAAGGUAUAACGAUAUCUUUACAAUUUUGAUUGAACUAUCUCAAUUUUGAUGGUUCUAUUUAGUUCAGUUGACUGGUUUUAAAAUUAUAUGAUUUAGAUUUUUUUUCUUAUUCUGCACAUCGAAAAUUAUAUUUGUAUAUAUAUUAAAUUGGUGUAUUCAACUGAACAAUUUUGUUCAAAAUGUAUUUUGAUCGCUUAAUACUGUAAAAUGUAUAUCUAUUCUUCCUAUAAAUCCAAUAGACAGUUUGUAGCAAUUUGUUACCUACAUUUUAAAUUCACCCUUUUAAAUUACCAAAUUUUGUUAUUUUUAAUUUACAUAUUCACUAUUUAAAUGAAACAAAGAUGAAUUUUAUUAAAAUAUAAAUAAAUAUAAUUAUUGAGUAUAUACAUUCAAUUAAUAUUAAUUAGUAUAGUUUUAGUAAAAAGUUAACUCUCCGCGCGAAUGCGCGGAUUUGUUUCCUAGUAUAAUAUAAUGCAAAACGAUUUGUUUCUAUAAUCCCAUUAAACCUAUGUUAGUGGUCACCACUUAAGUUUCAUUAAUAAAUCAGUCAGCAUUUUAGAUCGUUGACCGUGGAGUGGUUAGACUAUUAUGAAAAGCCGAACGAGAUGCUGACGCGUGUCAUUCUGAUUAAGAAAGAGAUAUGUCUGUUGCCUGAUUUGUGCUUCCCCCUAAUAAACAGCAAAACCCCGUUUCAAGUUGAAGAAGCCAACUUCUGAAACAAUGCAAAUAGGAGAUGAUAAUCCCAGGAUCAUGUUCGGUGUGAUCAUCACCGUUUACGUUGAUCGUCAAACGACGACCGUCCGAUCGUUUCGAGCGAGACCGAGGAAUGAAGGGAUGUGGAAGCGUGGGAUCGGAAGGACGAAGGGAUAUGAUCGGAGAGCGAAUCUUUUAGCUUAUAUUCGUCAGCUGAGGUCUGAAAGUCAAGGCGGAGAUUCAAAACGCGACGGCGUAGAGUGUGAAAACGUACCCGACCGGCCGAACGCGAAGAAGAAGAAACGAAGGUGGAUAAGAAAAAUGAUGAGUAAGUUCCGGUUACCGUUUCUCCGGCCAUUUAGACGGAAAAACAGGACGUUCAGAUACCGCCACUUUGUUCCAGAUGAAGAAGAGAGAGAAGCAAAGAGCAGAGCUUACAGUUCAGAUCUUUGGAAAAAGCUUAAACAUGUGGUCGGAGGGUUAUCACGCGGCUGCAUACGAAGUAGAAAAGACUCAUGAAGACAAUUUCAAGAAACAGACUGCUGUCCGAAGUUAGCAGUGAGGAAUGAUUACAUCUUUUUUUCUUUCCACAUAACCUUUUUACUGUUCUUCCAGAACUUGAGGACAAAUCAAUACAUAAAAACAUGAAAUCAAAAGAAACUGGAAAAAGGCAUAAGAGCCUUAUUAAGAGUACAACAAUGCAUAAACAAGAAUACAAUUACAGAAAAUACAUAUUUACAUGAAACUA